AUGCCUAGUGAAACCGAGCCCCUCCUCCCGCGGUAUGAGGAUGACACCUCCCGCCAGCGCCGCCUGCACCAGAAGCUGCAUACCUAUCAGAUGGUCCGCGCCCUCUCAGAAGGAUACAUGCCGUCCACUGAACAGACUAUCGCGAACCUGCGCACCCUCCUCGCCUCCGACGUGCUCAAUCUACGCAAUCAGGAUAUCGGUUCCGUCGGCCGCCAGCUAGUCCGCGAUGCCCGCCUCUGGAUUGAGACCUUCAUCCACUUCCUCCGAACGAAGAACGAGGAGGACAAACUCCAGGAGUUCCUGUGGCACCUAUCUCGAUCCAAAGUGUUGCUCGACACCUCGCGCCUAUCCCAGCAGGCAUCCCACGUGAAGGCCCGUGCCGAUACCAAAGCCGCUUAUGACAGCUUUCGCACGGUGGGCAGCUUGCUCUUGACGAAUGCUGAUUUUCGCCUCUUUGUCGACGAUGUCGCCACAGUUGGACGGCAGAUUUUCGCGGAUACGGCUUCUUCUCUCUCUGAGGCGUCGAAGCAGGUCGCAAAGGAGGUCAAACCUUCGGAGUAUGAGAAGGAAGCACUGACGGGCCCUGGCGCAGACGAAGGCCACGAGUUGACGAGGGACGAGGUUCGGGAGGAAGUUGCGCACGUCGCGGAUGCAGCCGGUCAAGGCAUCAAGCAGACUGGCGAGGCGGCGUUGGAUAGUGCUCGAGAACACCUGUCUGGACAAGAACGUGAAACGCUCCUGUAUCGUCUUAAGAAGGUGGUGUUGAAACUCCGAGAGAGAACAGACUAUUCAGACUCGGUUUCGACUCUUGUCGAGCUGGUGAAACGCUAUGCCCUUCUCUACUCUACCGCUGCUGAAGAUGCAGCUGAAGCUGCGAAUGAAGAUCUCGACGUCAAUGCCGAUCUGAAACUUGCAGUGGAACAGUUUUGGGAGUUAUUACGUUUAUUUGGGAGUGCAGAGGAAUGGGAUCGGCUCAAGGAGAGCUUCCACAUUGUGAUUCAACAUGCAAACAAGGAUCCAGAGUUCGAAAAGCUCAUGGGAGAGGUAGGAGCUUCGCUUCAGGACAUGCUCACCAAACCCGAGUUCUUCGAUAAUGCCUCGGAAAAAAUCAACGAUCUCCAGCGCCAGUCUGAGAAAGUCGGGUCAGAGACUCAGUUACGCCGGGAUGUGGAUAAUUUCCUGGCUCAAGCUAAAAAGACCCUGCGGACUGUGCCGGAAGAUAACACCGUGACCCAGCUGAUCAGCGCGACUCAAAAAAUCUACCAUGACGCAUACAAGGCAUACCACGACCACAAAAAUGAUCUUCCAACGGAUCUAGCCAAUGUCUUCUUCCCUGUCUUCCUGCGCAUGAUUCAAUAUAUCCCCAUUCCCCGGCUCGAAAUCUCUGCCCCAGACAUGGAUUUGCUGCUGGAGAACCUUGUCCUGGAGCCGGGCCAAACAUGCAAAACGCACAGAUACAACGAUUCGGACGCUCUUCCAAGUCUCUGCCACGGCUUGAACAUCAGCGCCCAAGAAUUCGGGUACUGGCUCAAGACGCACGCUUUGUUUUUCCGACUUCAAGAUGAAGGUGUUGCUAGCUUUUUCCUCGAUCAACGCGGAAUCGACAUCUCCCUUGACGUCGAAGUAGGUCGGGGCCGGCUUGACCAAAUAUUUACGUUGCGCGGAGUCCGCGUACGAAUCCACAAGCUCGACUACAAAGUUCACAAGAGCAAAUGGCGGUUCCUACUCUGGCUCACGAAACCCUUCCUCAAGCAUCUGGUCCGCCGAAGCUUGGAAAAGAAAAUCGCCGAGGAGGUCGUUGCUGCUGCCUUUGCCCUGAACCGAGAAUUGGUAUUUGCUCGGGAACGACUUCGUGCUGCUCGCAUUGCCAACCCGCAAGAUCUGGCGACAUUCAUUCGUGCUGUUCUUGCCCGCUUGAAACCUGCCGACACGGAUGUCGAAACGCGGCUUGCAUUUGAGCCACCCGAUAGCGGUCCUUUCAAGGGCGUCUAUGCUCCAGGGAGCAUCGUGAAAACGUGGCAUGAAGAAGCCACCCGUGCCCAAGAAGCCAUCGAAGAGGGAGAUGAGACUCGGGGUAUCGGGCACACAUGGCGAAAUGACAUAUUUGACGUGGCGGGAACUCGUUGA